UGGAAUUUCGCAAGAUAUUAUUGAUAAAAUGUUUACACAUACAAAAGAAUUUUUUAGUCUUUCAAAAGAAGAAAAAUUAAAAUAUUCAGUAAAUGAAAAAUAUCAAGGAUAUGUUUCCAUUCAUCAAGAAAUGCUUGAUCCAUCGAAUCAGAAAAUUGGUGAUUGGAAAGAAUGUUUUAAUUUUGGUAAGAUACGAAAGAAAUUACAAGUAUUACCCCCUUGUUUUGAAGAAGAAUUUAUCGAUAAAUUUGAAAAGACGUGUCACCAAUUAUGUAUGAAAAUACUACAAGCUUUUUCUAUAUCAUUGGAAAUUCUACAAGAUGAAGGUGGUAAAAAUUGGUUUGAACAAAGACAUAAGUAUGAAAAUGAUUCCGGUGAUACUUUAAGAAUUUUACAUUAUCCACCUAUGAAACAUAAUAUUGAUGAAAAAGAUAUUCGUGCUGGGAGUCAUACAGAUUAUGGUUCUCUGACAAUAUUAUUUCAAAAAGAUGUUGGAGGUUUAGAAAUAGAAUUACCUUCAACAAAACAAUGGAUUCCUGCACCCGUUAUUAAUGAUUGUGUAUUAAUUAAUAUAGCAGAUUUAUUAGAAUAUUGGUCAAAAGGUUUAUUUAAAUCUACUAAACAUCGUGUUACAUUUAAUAACGAUACUUCGAUGAUUGAUAGAUAUAGCAUAGCAUAUUUUUGUCAUGCUGAAGAUGAUGUUGGUUUAGAUCCUAUUCCAAGUAAAUAUUUAGAAAAUUUGGAUUCUAUAAAUGUGGAAAAGGGGAUUGUUUAUGGUGUUGAUGGUGUAAAAACACCCUUAACUGCUGGUGAACAUUUAAAAUUUAGAUUGGUUUCUACUUAUCGUUAAAUUUGUUAAUUUCAUUAUAAAAAUAAUGUGCAUCUUACCUACUUAUUAAUAAAAAAAAAAGAAAGAAAAUGAGAAUUAUUUUUUUAUUUUUUUU